UGCUGAACAGAUCAUAAAAACACUUCGCAGAAAGGAAAGUAUCAAAAUGUUGACGAAAAGCUUUCUUGUCAGUGUGCUAAUUGCUAUUACCUGUGUGCAGUUGGCUAGCUCCUUGACGUGUUACAAAUGCCUAAACGCAAAUGAUUGCAAGAAAGCGAAAACAACGACAUGCACCGAUGCAGCAGCCAAUGAGACAAGCUAUUACUUGGGCGUUUAUCAUCAGAACGUGCAUUGGGUACCUAUGUAUAGAUAUGAUUGCCUUGCCCUCAAGUACACGUAUCCGAAGAAUAACACAGUGACGCAUCAGCUGCAUGGCUGCGUUCAUCCCGAUGUGAAUGUCUGUAGCUUAUCCCUCAAGCCGGAGUAUUCCAGCUGGAGGAGGGCGCAUUGUAAUGUCUGCUCCGGAAACAAGUGCAACAAGAGUUCAGCUGGCACACUGAGUCGCAGCACCUACACCCUCGUGGCCGCUGUCUUGGCCGUGGUGCUGGCCAAGAUCUAUGCCUAGAAUAUAUUCCAAUAAACUGUCAACAUUUAUUUGUCAAUAUUGCCUAACCAACCGUUCAGUUCUGGCUUAUCACAUUAUGCGAUAAGAUUGUGAAGUGAAAUCGAACAAAUUUUUUACGAUUUCACUAUUGUGACUCAGCUGGUUAUCAAUAUUCUCAACUAAUUGGGAUCA